AGCCUGGAGUCUUUGUAUCCUUCUCUGAGCCAGAGCUGCGCUGGCUUGAUGGCAGCAGCUCCAGCCUUCAGUUCCCCUCGGAGCAGAACUGGGUACUAAGCUCCAGGAGCCCGUGGCUGCCAUCACUGUGGGGAGUCUAGCCUCUCUGGGAAGGGGACACAGACACCAGAAUGACCACCUCGACAGGCUUGCUGCUGCUGCUGCUCCUAGGCCAGCCCUGGGCGGAGGCUAGAGCUGGUUCAGAAGCUGUAGUGUGCAAGGGGACUGCCUGCUACACAGCCCACUGGGGCAAGCUGAGCGCUGCGGAGGCCCAGCACCGUUGCAAUGAGAACGGAGGUAACCUGGCCACAGUGAAGAGCAAGGAGGAGGCCCGGUAUGUCCAGCAAGUCCUGGCCCAACUUCUGAGGACCAACACACCCCUGGAAGCGAAGACAGGAAAAUUCUGGAUUGGGCUUCAGCGAGAGAAGGGCAAGUGUCUGUCCCCUGAUUUGCCACUGAAGGGUUUCAGCUGGGUGGAUGGUGGGGAGGACACAGCUUAUUCCAACUGGCACAAAGAAGGCAAGAGCUCCUGUGUCUCCAAGCGCUGUGUGUCCUUGAUGCUGGACCUGUCCCUGAUACCCAACCCCAGCCACCUCCCCAGAUGGUCCGACAGUCUCUGUGGGACGUCUGGCUCUCUAGCAAGCUACAUUGAAGGUUUCCUGUGCAAGUUCAACUUCAAAGGCAUGUGCCAGCCCCUGGCUCUGGGGAGUCCAGGCCAGGUGAGCUACACCACCCCUUUUCAGGCGACGACCUCCUUCCUGGAGACUGUGCCCUUUGCCUCUGCAGCCAAUGUGGCCUGUGGGGAUGAGGCUGAAAAUAAGACCUAUUAUUUCUUAUGCAAGGAAAAGAGUCCUGGUAUAUUUCACUGGGACAACUCCGGCCCCCUCUGUGUCAGUCCCAAGUUUGGCUGCAGCUUCAACAACGGGGGCUGCCAUCAGGAAUGCUUUGAAGGGGGAGAUGGCUCUUUCCGCUGUGGCUGCCGGCCUGGGUUCCGGCUGCUAGAUGAUCUAGUGACCUGUGCCUCCCGGAAUCCCUGCAGCUCCAACCCGUGCGGAGGAGGGGGAUCUUGCAACUACACACCCCACCAGAGCAGCUACACAUGCAGCUGCCCCAGUGGCUACCAGCUGGACUCUAGUCAAGUGAACUGCGUGGAUGUGGAUGAGUGCCAGGACUCUCCCUGCGCCCAGGAAUGUGUCAACACCCUCGGGAGCUUCCACUGCAAAUGCUGGGUGGGCUACCAGGCCAGUGGCCCCAAGAAUGAGACUUGUCAGGAUGUGGAUGAAUGUGCCGCUGCCCAAUCACCCUGUGCCCAGGGCUGCAGCAACACUGAUGGCUCCUUCUACUGUUUCUGUGAAGAGGGCUACAUCCUGUCUGGGGAAGACAGUACCCAGUGUGAGGAUGUGGACGAGUGUUUUGGCCCCAGAGGCAACCCGUGUGACAGUCAGUGCUUCAACACACAGGGUUCUUUCAGAUGUGACUGUCCUCAGGGCUGGGAGCUGGCUCCUAAUGGGGUCUCUUGUAUCAUGGGCCCUGGGUCUUCAGAACCACCAUCCAGGCUUCCCCAAGAGGAAGGCAAAGGAGACAGAAAGGGGAGCACUGUGCCUCCUGCUUCACUGUCUAGUUCCACCGGGGGUUUGGAGGACAUCUCCAAAGAAAGACAUACCAUAAGGAGUCCCUCCCUCCAGUCUGAUGCCCCCACUGCCUCUGCCAGUCUAGAAAUGUCAACCCCAAGUGGAGCCUCUGGAAUUGUCUGGCUGGAGUUGGACACGGACCUCCCCACAGUGUCUGACCAGGGCAAGCCGACGGAUGGAAAUUCUGUGGCCACACAAAGUGACAGUGGCACCGAUGGGCAGAAACUACUUCUGUUCUACAUCCUGGGCACCGUGGUGGCCAUCUUGCUCCUUCUGGCUCUGGGUUUAGGGCUUCUCAUCUGCCGUAAACGGAGAGCCAAGAAGGAGGAGAUAAAGGAGAAGCAGCCCCAGAAUGCAGCUGACAGCUACUCCUGGGUUCCAGAGAGAGCUGAGAGUCGAGCCCUGGAGAAUCAGUACAGCCCAACCCCUGGGACAGACUGCUGAAGGCAAGGUGGCUACAGAAACAGUCAGCUGCCACCAUCCUUGGAGCUUUAAACACCCUGAUGAAGGGGAGACCCACAUCCUUCUAAAAGACUGGACUGGAUUCUUAGUAAACAAUGUGCAUCUUCUCCUUAACAGCCUAGGGACUCAGGAUGGGCAGGCAUUUCCCAGAUGCAUUUGAUAUGCCUGAGGUAGAAGCUAUGUGUUGGUCUAUCAUCGUGGGGGUCAUGUGGCUAUUGACAGCCCCCCCACCCUUUUCAAAUUCAAAAGUGACUGAUUUCAUUUCUUCCCCUGGUUCUGGAUCAGGGCAUGAGGAGUCGUGGGGCUCCCUUCAAAGACUUUUCUGAUCUCUUCAUUUAACAGAGAGGAAAAGGUCCUGCUGGUGCUAAGAUAGAAACAAGUUCUCUUCUUAAUAUGAUAGAAAUGAGGCCAUUAGUUAUUUAAUUAUGUGAGAAGUAGGUAGGUUCCACCCCCCCCACCACCACCACAGGGAAAAUACUCUGGACUGGAUGCCGUUGUCUACAUUUGUCUUCCUGUAUUUCCCCUCCAUCCCCUGUCAGAAUGAGAGCAAGGUUAAGGAACUGCUUAGGUAGCAAGCAGGGAGCAACCUGUGUUCUCUGGUUCUGAGAGUCUUGGGCUUAGUGGCAAGUGAAGCUGGAAACAGGAGAGUUGCUUCAAAUGAGUGAGAGGCCUUGGUAACAGCUUAAUCCAGAGGGAAGGAGGCAGGGCUUUAUUUCACAGAUACUUGAAUUAAUUUAUCUGAAUGGACUGAUAUUGAUACACACUUGACUACCCAUGAGAUGAACAACAACAUAAAACCCCCAAGGACAACUUGUCUUUGAGCCAGCACAGGCCCCCAGACCCCCAGACUCCCAGGCCCCUCUACAUGCCACCUUGACUCUCCUUACACUGUCCCUUUUGGGAAGCUUGGACUGUAGAUUCAGGAAACUCCAGGAGCCUUUCCUUCUGACUGAACAGAAAGGAUGUGUGAGUGGAAUGAUAGGCCUUGUUUUGAAAACUGUCAUUUUCAAGUAGUUUAGCCCAGUUCACAGUCAAAACUGCAUCUGGAGAACUUGAACCCUGUCUUGUGGGGUGUGGCACACAGCAAGGAUUAGUCACACAAGGAGAUUUUAGGGACUUUUGUUCCUGCCCAGUUGAUGAGGAGGAAAGGGAGAGAGGAAGUGAGAAUAAAUUAUUUUCUAACAGCUAAAACCAACAAACUUCUCAGAGCCAUUACAAUAUAUAUGUUUAUUUCAAAGCAUGCACUUGCAAAAUUGUCCCCUUACCUUGUUGUGAGCGAUGGCGCUCCACCUGUACAAGUCUUUCUAGGGCCUGGGACACAGCCCUGGUGAGUCAAUUCAACAUCACUGGGAGGCUUCCUGUCUCCUGGAGGCUUUUUGCUGUCUCUGUCUUGGGAGAGCUGAGACCAAGAUCCUGUCUCUCCAGAGUCUUUGUUCUCAGGGUGCCCUAUUGUUAACAGUUUCAAAUGCAUCCACCCAACGGUUGGCACCCUGGUAUUAGAACAUGGAUAACCACCAGAUACAGGCCUUUGGUGUUAAGUAAAUAUGUUUUUGUCAAUUUUAAAAUAUAGAUGCUUUAAUUCAGGUAUACUUUUAAAGAAAACGGCAAACCUAAGGUUGAGGAUGAUAGGAGAAAGAUGGCGGCUUUGCUGGACCCAGUGGUCCUUCAAAUGUCUGCUCUUGAAAAUCAUUUCACCAUUCAGCUUUCAGUUGGAAUUUUGGUGUUUGGCACCUAAGGGAGAUCAGGGUUGUGUCCAGUUGGCAAGAAACAUCAUGGGCCACAGGACUCCUGGCAGCAGUUAAGACUGGCAGUCCAUUGUGUAGAAACCAGCAUAGGCCGUUCAGUUGACUUUAGAUGCAUGGUAAUACCUACACUUAGUAACAUGAUUGCAAAUGCAACACUUUUACCUCUAGUCCUUCAACUUCUCAGCACUUGAGGUAAGGAAGAUGUACUGAGUCUAGGCUUCCCAAAGCCCCUUGCAUGGUCUGUGCCUAGGCUGUGUAGGACUUGAACUGACGAAGGUCACUUGGAGUUCUCUUGUUUCCACAGUGUCCAGAUUUUAGGCCCAGCCCAGCCCUAUUCCCUCCUACCACAGGUCUGUGCUCCAAUUCUGCUAUUGGUAGUGACUUGCUAUCCCACCCCCCACACUCUCAGGGGCACUGUGCAUCCUGUCUGUAGGACCCACAGCAGAAAAGGGAAUGAUAACUCCAAGUGCCUCUUUUAGCAUCAACCUGCUCCCACAGAGGUGGAGCUCUCUUAUCUGCUGCUACUGCCUGCUAGCAGCCUGCAUCUGAGAGCCAGACCUCAUGUGAUGAUGUUGAAGCUACUAUUCUUAAACAGAUGUUUGAUGCUCCCAUCUCUUUCUCUUGUCCUCAUGUUUGAGACUGGAAAAUUUUGGUUAGGGGAACUAAGAGGCCAAGCAAUUGAUAGGUGAACUCCCACUGGCCAAAGGGGACCCAGGUUGCUCAGCCAUGCCUCUCCCACCCAAGAAAUCAGUGAGACAAGGGCGGAAGAAGCCCCUGCCUGUGAGGACAGGAGAAAGUUUCAUUUGGGAACAGGAUUUUUCCUAAGUUCUGACCUGAGACAAAAUAUAUCUAGAACAAAUUAAUUUCCUCCCACCCUUUACCUUCCAAAGCAGAUAAUUUAAGGGGGAGCACAUCUCAAGCCUGUAGCUCUGUUGUUUCCUAAUUUCCAGUAACCAUCAUUGAUUUUUAUCUUCUCUGUGGUGUUGGUGAUGGAAGGCAAGGCCAUAUGUGUGCUAGGCAAGUGCUCUCCAUGGAGCCAGAUCCCAGCCCCUCGAAGUAUUUUGCUCUUGAUGUUCAUUAUUGAAGACAAGUGAUAAAAGAGCACCCACCCCCCACACACCCAGUAAUAUGAAGAGUUUAAAAAACAAAGUACCAAAAUAUGCCUUAGAAGGGAUUUUGGAACACUUUUUGUAAAGGAAAUCUAACCCUAGUUUUCUCUAGGAUCUAGCUUGACUUUCAUGUAAACCCAGGUGUAUCUGUCUUCUGGCUUUGGUGACCCAUUCAUCAUCAUGAUCAUCAUGAUCAUCACCAUUAUCAUCACCACUGUCAUCAUCACCACCUCACACAUCAUGGUGCUCUGUGUCCUCAUGUCAGUUUCUCAGUGAUUGUAACUGGACGAAUUACACCUGGCUCUGACCGAGGACGGAAGGGCCAGAAAGGAGGGAAGCAGGCUGCCCUCCCCUUUUUUUAAGCCUCUCAUCCAGGAUCAAACCAGCAAACCUCUGGGAAAGUCUAUCCUGACACCUUCCCAAGAACAGGGAAAAAUAUGAAUAAUUUGAAGGCAUGCUUAUGUCCAGUGUGUCAGGCAAACUGCUUAGGAAAUAAAUCUUUCUCCUCAUGAAGUUUUCAUCCUCUUUGAACUCCUAACCAUGAGCCCUUGGUGUGAGAAUGUUAUCACCAAUCAACCUUUCAAUAGGAGGAUGGGAUCAUUAGGUCCUUUUGUUCAAACCUUUUCCCAUAAUUAUUUCUGGAAAAACUAAGAGAACAGAGGUGACAUUUGACAAAAAAGUUACUAAAUUCAAAAUAACAUAGCUUUUUAAAGCAAAUAUAGGAAAGUCUUUUCCUAUUAUUUUUCUUCUUCGCUCCCCCAUUGUCUGAAUUGGGGAAACAGGAAAGCGCUGCUUUCUAGCACCUGCGAAAUGGUUCAGUGCCCAUGCAUAUUUCCAUGUCCUUCAACAAUAGGUUUAGUAUAGGAAUCCGAGGUAUGCACCCUGAAAACAUCUGUCUUUUCCUGGCUCCCGAACCCAGGGCUUAACUGUAUGUGGUUUGUAAAGCCUGUCAACCAAAACAAGGAAACCACGGUACCCCGGUACCCCAAUUCUCCACAGAGUCAACAAUCAAAUUCCUGAGAUGAACCUCACUCAAGUACUUGUUGAAAAAUGCAUUGUGUUUUGAUCUGUUCUUAGAGACGGUGCCCAUCUAUUGAAGGAAGAAAUCCUGGACUUCCUAUCGUGAACCACUCAUCUGACCUGCAAGGUUACAGUGGUUCCUUUCUCCACUUUUAACCCACUGUUCCCCCGAGCUGAAGUUCAUUUGCAGAUCCAGCUUAAGCUUAAAUUAUAUGGUGGUCAGGGUCUUGUUCACUGUUGUCACCGUGUGAGUACAAAUGUUACUAAUCAUAUCCUGAGUCCUUGGUGAGAAUGUAAAUAUUUUUAAAUAUGUGCAUUUGAAAUUUGUUUCACUGAACUUGGAUCUGUGGGAUGUUCAGACAGGACAGACUUUUGUUCUUGAAUGAAUGUUUCCCAGGCUGUGGGAAGGGGAGGCACUCGGGAAGAGCUUCUCCUUAGAGCUAUAUGAAAUGGCAUACUGGGGGGGAAUCUCAGAGUUACCUUUAAAAAGUCUCAGCUUUGUCAUGCUUUGAGCUUUCUGUUAUGCAUCUAUCUUAAUAAACUUUAAAAUGUAUUUGU